CCCCCACCACUUGGCGCCACUGUCGCGAUGCAUCGCCUCUUUCUUCUCGCUCCUUCUCCUAUUUCGUACAUCUCCAUCGCCUCUCAUGCGAACCGUCGUCUUAUAUUCCCUCCUUUUUUUUCCACUGCGUCAUAUAUUCCCUCCUCUUUUUUCCACUGCGUCAUAUAUUCGAACACCUAAAAGACGUGAUCCACACUCACAAGAAAGAACCCGCUCCUCCUCUUCCGACUCUCCUCUCCGAAAGCUAAGUAGUUGUCGAGAAAGAGAUGGACGGGAGCUCGGCAAAGCGGUCAUCGUCAUCUUACACGGGAUGGACCAUACCGGAGAUUUGGGAGGAGGCGGCCGAUUCCAUCACCAACGACUCCUCCUCGUGUCUCCCGCCGAUCACCUUAGUGUGCGGGCCCGGGAACAGUGGCAAAUCCACCUUCUCCCGUCUUCUCCUCAACACCCUGUUGCAUAGGUAUAAGAGAGUGGGUUAUUUGGAUACGGAUGUCGGGCAGCCAGAGUUUACGCCUCCUGGUUGUCUCUCCUUGCAUGUCAUUGAUAAACAAACCCCAGAUUUGACCAUUCUGAGCCUAAAGAGACCUGAGAGGUUCUUCUUUUUUGGUCAUGUCACUGCACAGAGAGAUCCAAAGGUUUAUUUGAAUUUUAUCCUCAACCUCUAUGAUUACUUUCACAACCAACACUAUAAAUCUGGUGGGCUUGAUGAACCUGGGAACUUAAUCUUGCCUCUAGUUAUUAAUACUUCAGGAUGGGUUAAAGGUAUUGGAUAUGAUUUGUUGGUGGACAUGCUGCGGUAUAUGUCUCCAACUCAUGUUGUUCAGAUGCGUGUCUCCGUUGAGAGUAAGAAUCUUCCAACUGGGUUUUUCUGGCUAGAAGAAAAUGAGAAGACUUCAGUUAAUCUGAUUGAAAUUCCUACAGUAUAUGAACCCUCUACUCGAUUGGUGCUAAUAAAAAACGAUGCUUGUAUUAUCCGAAAUCUUCGACUGGUUGCUUAUUUUAGACAAUGCCUGCCAAGAGAGUUGGACAUCUCAACUUACAAGGAGCUUGCUGAUUGUUUGGCUUCUAUUACUCCUUAUGAAGUCCCUCUCUCAAGAAUAAAAGUGAAGCAUCUCCACCAGCAGGUUCCAAGUAGUGAAGUGAACCACAGCUUGAAUGCUACCAUUGUUGGUCUGGCAGUUAGUUCAUGUGUGCCUCCCUCAUCUGAGCAUUGCACACCUUGGUGUGUUGGACUUGGUGAGUACCAUUGGUGAUGACUUUUUAUUAUACUAGAACAUGUUCUCAAAGAGACUGUCGUAGUGCUUGAAAGGUGCAUUAUCAUUUAGUAGUUGGAAAUUGUGUCGACCUUGUGUUGACAGAUGAAUUAUAUGUGCUCAGUACCUGAAAAUGGCCUCUGUUUUUUCUUUUGCCUGGCAUUUAUCUUGUAUGUGGUCGGUACAUCCAAUGGACGUGCAGCAAAAAGUUGAGCGGCUGGUGAUCAGCACAUCCAAUGGAUAAUCUCUUCUGAUCAGUUGUCCCGGCAGCUGCGCAAGCAUCACCCCAUGCCUUGGAAUAGAAAUCUGCACUCCAUAUAUGACUGCUGAAGAAGAAUAUUGGUUUAUUAAAGCUUAUUGCCAAAAAGGAAGAGAAAAAGGCUUAUGCUCUUUAUCAAAGAAACUCUUCCAACUUAUUUUUUAUGCAAAGUUGGUACCGCUCAACUCAGAUGCGUGAACGUGAAUGGACGUGCGAUAAUUUGACCCUCUGCUAUGUCUGUAUUGUGGCUGAUAUAACGAGAUGGAGCUUUUUCAAACCUUCUAAACCUGUCACCGUAAGUGGCGAGUAUGAUACAAAUACCCUUCCCAGUGUUUUUACUUUUUUAGGAUGAUUGUAUAAGCAUUUUUUGUUGAAUCUGCAAUCGUAAAUUUAUGUCAGAAUUUAUGGAACGUAAAUUUCUGAUCUCA